AUGCAAGGUGGACCAGUACUGCAGCCGUUGGCUGUUCUCCAGCAGCAACACGCGCAAUUCGACCCUUUACAGCAUCCCCAGAGCUUCCGUCCGCUCUACUCUGGUCCGCUAGGCACGGCACCUCCAGCGCUAUCUCGUGGUUCGCCUCCACUCCCACCUAUCAAGCGCGUAGCGUCGCAGACUCCGUUGCCACAGGAAAGUCCAGCCAAGAGACAGUCAAAAUGGGGUCAAGAGGAGGAUAAUCUAAUCAUCGAGCUCAGAGGAACAGGAAUGAAAUGGGAGGACAUUGCGAAGCACUUCCCAGGACGAUCAGCCAUCGCUUGCCGACUCCGAUACCAGAAUUACCUCGAGAAGCGCGCAGUCUGGGACGAGGAGAAAAAAAACAAGCUCGCGAGGCUUUACGCUCGAUUCAAGGACCAAAUGUGGCAAAAGGUUGCUUCGGAAAUGCAAAUCCCCUGGAGGUCCGCCGAGAGCAUGCACUGGCAGCUGGGCGAGCAAGAAAUGAGCGCCCGUGCUAACGCUCCCCCUAGAACCUGGGCAACAUCAUCAUCCGCACCCACCACACCAUUAACCGCAACCUCAUCUCCAUCACCAACGCGCCAACAGCAGGCCCGCACCCCGCUCACGCCGCCACAGCUCUUUCAGCGGCCGCCGCUCUGACAGUUCGAGAUCACGAUCUACCCUGCCACUACAACUGGGUCCGCAAUUGCCGACCCGGUCGCCAGUGUCUGAGAGUGAUUUAGCAAGUGGUGGUGGCGCUAGGACGGCACCGGUGCUGGAGACGGAGCAGAAGAGGGAUCGAGAGAGUGUUGGCUUUGUUGAACCGUAUCUUAGAAAGAGGAGGAAGAUUAAGAGGCCUGGGUCUGCAGAUGUGGAAGGUGAGCCAAGAAGCCAGCGGACAAGGAGCCCGGAGAGUAUAUUGCAGCGCAGUGAGAUGGAGAACAGGAUGGAGAGUAGGACGGAGAGUGGG